AGAUCUGUGUCAGUAGUGUCAGUAGUGUCAGUGGUCUCAACGCGAGUAGCGAAUCAUAUACGUAUUUACUCGUACGUAUAAUAAUCUUGGAAAAUUCGUACUCGUCGUUCCCAAGUAUGGUCGACGAUCCAUCGAGGCGGCUGGAACGUGCCGUAAGACCGAAUUUCUAUACUGUAAUCGAGAUUAUACAAUACCAUCCAAUCAUAGACCGAGUCAGUUAUCGCACAAUCUGUAGAGAAUGGCGAGAGGCGGUGGACGCGUCGUACUUUCGUGCGACUCCUCGGCAACUGAACGAGUUCCUGCGAGUCUGCGUCGACAGGCGGAUCGAUCCGGGUCCAAUUUUGCGUGGAAUUCGAAAAGGCUUUAAACUGUACGAGGAAUUCGAACUCGACGCGAAUUCUUUCUGCCGGAGCACGAGCCAAAGAUUGUUGAAGUUGGUAUGGUAUGAGAACCGCAGAUUACGAUGUCUCAAGCUGGAUCUGUCGAGGAUGCGAUUAGAGAUGGAACCGCUUCUAGAAACGCCGAGCCUCGAAGUUUUCGAUAUCACGAUACGAGAUAUGGACAUCGAUUUUUUGGCCGAGGUAGUGGGAAGGGCGGGAAUGAGGAAUCUCAAGAGUUUCACGUUGACCGUAGAGAUGGCCAAUCGCGGGAGAAGAUACAUCCAGUUCAAUUUGCGCAAUUUAUUGCGAGCACUACCCGAGACGCUGGGGUCGUUGAGAAUCGACUGCUUUCACGUGUUCGAGGCCGUUGAAUUGUUUCAGUGCAUCGCUCGAUUCCAAGAGCUCGAGAAUCUCUGGUUAGACUCGAGGCGCGAGAGGACUCCGAAUUACGUCAGCGAUCGAGGUUGGAAUUGCGAGAAUCUGCGCGCGGUGAUACGAGGGUCUUGGUCGCGCACCCUGAAAAGCCUUCACAUCGGCUGGUUGCCCGACAGCUGGGAAUGGCGGGUUCUGUACGAUUUGAGAGAACUGGAAGAGCUGUACAUCUGCGGUAUCAGGUCCAACUUGUUGCAUCCGAUAUGGAGACGGAACUUCGAAUCGCAGAUGAAGAGAAACAAUCCGAGGCUCGCCGAUGGUUGUUUCUACGUCGAGGCAUCUCCACCCGUGGGAAAUUACGAGGACGAAGGGUACAUGGAGUUUUUGAGGAGACACCGGGUUUAGAGAGUGAGACGAUGGAAGAGGAUGUUGAUUUUAUGUGAAUUCUUGACAAAAAAAGCACGUUUCGUGCAAUCGACCCUGUAUAGAAGUAAUUUAAUGUAUCGAAUUAAUCGAUAACGAGAGAAGUAAUUAUUAUAAAAUUUUAUGUCAAUUGUAACAAAAAAAAAAAUACAGCGAUCGUGUAACUAUUUGAAAAAAAUUUA